UUUCAUGUGUAUAUAAGCAGGACAUCUACUAAAAACGCUUCAUUCACAAUACUGCUACCGAAGAGAGAGCCACGAUUACUGCACUGUCCGAGAGAAUUUUACUCAGCCGCUUUUUAACCGCAAAAAUGAAUGGUCCCGACCGGGUUGAUAUGAACCUUCGUCCCCGGGUUAAUACACUUACCUCCCCUAAACUUACGGCGGUUGUCCACGCAAACAAGACACCUGACAAGCAACAGGAGGCUGUCGGUGAGGGGUUGAGACACUCCAAAUGUGUCCUCAAUACCUUUUUCCUGGCCUCACAUGGCGGCGCAGGUGAUGUCCCAGCUCAGAAACAAAGCAGGGCACAUGUGGAUGAGGAACUCUCAAACCGCUGUGAUGGAGUUCUCAUUGAGCUCUAUCAGCUGGCCAUGUUGCAGUGUCAACGCUACCUCCAUGCUGACAACGGGUUGCACAGACAGGUGGUUGGCCUGGGCUGGGGACUUCUGGCUCUUCUGUGCAAAAAGAAUGGAGUGGUCAGUGAUAAUGAUAUAGCCAACCUUCUACUGCAUAAGAGUCUGCACUCCAAUGGAGCAGAUGCUUGCAGUGCCUUUGACAACCUUGGUAAAGGGACUGCCAAUCUUGCUAGCCUGCUCAUUGCUGGCAAAACCAAGGAAGCUAUUGAACAGGCGAUGAGUCAAGGUGCGUGGCACCAUGCCUUGAUCUUAAACAUCUUAGAAAGACAUGGCCCAUCUGACUGCAUAAUGUCCAGGUUUGUUAAUAAUCUGGAUGAUUCAGAUUUAUUGAAGACCUACUAUCAGGUCAGGCUGGGAGAAAUGCCUUCAGCUGCAUUUGCUUGUGGUGAGGACAGCUACCAAAACUGGCAUCUGCACCUUGCCAUUGUGGUACAGUUGUCCAAAAGCAACCAUCUUCGAAAGACGUCUGUUACAAAGAUGGCAGAAACCUUGGCAUCUAAAGGACAUAAGCACGGCGCACAGUUCUGCCAGAUGGUGCUGCAACUAGACCUGGAGCACCUCCUGGAGCACUCACUGUACGAUGUUGUGGGGAAGUGGAUGGGUCUUCUGGCAAAUAUGCAAAACGAGGUCCCACAGAAACGUCCAGAGCAUCCUCUGGACCCUGAGGUUGACAAUGGACUCGCUGAAGUCACAAACACACUUCGUUUGACUUCUGACCAGCAGAAGGUUCCACUCUCUGAAGAGCUCUUCAAAAAAGUCAUGGGCCCUCUGUAUGUGCUACAGGAUCAUAAUGCUCUUGCAGAGGUCGAGGAGAGUACAUGCCAGCCACAAAACAGAAACAGAACAAAAAAGAAGCAGUCUAAGAAGAUGUCUUGGUUUGGCUUCAUCAGCUGCUUUGGCAGUAAAACGAUGGACUAACUAAUCUAUACACUACAUUUUCACCAAGAUUUUUAUUUAUUUAUUUUUUUUAAUUGAAAAUGAGAAUUAAAGUAUUUUCAUAUUUUACAUACUGUAUGCAUGAGAAAUUGUUAUUUUGAAAAUCCCACCAUAUUGAAAUCCUGCACAUGUAGAGUUAAUUUGAUAUUCUCCAUUUUAAUUAUUUUGUAUGAAAUAUGUUUGAAUUUUAAGUAAUAUUAAUCAAACUGCAGUUGAUUUACUUAAUCAAAAAAGUGAAAGAGCAUAAGUACUGCUUUAAUGAUUGUUCGAAGAUCUGGUGAUUGUGAAAGACGUACAUGUAAGUAGUGAAAUGCCUUGGAUCUGACAUUGACCUUUAUAGUAAGAUUCUGCUGAAGAGUCGGGCAGAUCCUUCUUCGUGUGACCUCGCUACUGUGACUGCCGCAGGGAGAGGCCUUUGCCAAGUACGCCAUACUUGCAUACUGACAGAAGUAGCACUGCAAUGGGGUUGUGGUUUGACCUUUGCAUUAAAGCACAAAGAGAUGUGUCACAACAUGCAAUUGAACAAGAAUAAACAAUGAACUGUUACAGCAAAGCACAGGAAAUAAAAACAUCUAUUUAUUGA